CCACCUCUAAAGGGACCUCCUGCCUGCCUGCAGCACCAGUGACCAGCCACGCCAGGGAGGCACAGGAGAGGAGCAGAUGCAGCCAGCUGGGGAGGAGAGGCUUUGGCCAUGCAGCAGCGGCAAACAGCAGAGGAGGUGGAGGCUGGGUUGUGGAGAGUUGCUUGGAGCAGAAGAAGGUGGCCCAUUUCCCAUGGCUGCUGCAGAGGGGCACAGAGAGGAGGAGAGGACGUAGCAGUAAGAAAUCAUGGUGCCGUUUAAAGGAAGCAUCCUCCGUUCAUGACAAAUGACUGAUUUCAACAGAUCAGCUGCGCAGCACCCUACUGCAGAGGCCUGUGGAAUACUAAUGAGCCCCAGCACCUGUCCUGGCAGACUGGAGGAAGAAUUGCCGUGAGUAGUUUGGGGUUCCCUGAGAAAGUUGCUCUGUCUCUUGCUCAAGUCCCGAAGAGUUUGAAUUACACAUCUCCAGGAUUCCCCACUGAAGAGAGACAUGCAGUAAGAGCCAGUGCUUUCCACUGAAGAGUGACACCCCUUCAUGCCACACAAUAUCGCACAGCAGGAAAGAAAGAGCCAGCAGAAGACAGGAAAUGCAGAGAAUCAGCUGCCUCCUCACGGGAUUUGUCUUAAUCCUUGGUGUGACCAGCACUGAGCGUUUUGCCCAGUCAGGCCGCAGGGUGUGCUCUGUAGAGAUGCAGAAGAGAGCCGCUUCGUAUGUGGAGUCCCACGUGCAGCCUGUCUACCAGCCCUACCUCACAACGUGCCAGGGACACUGGCUCUGCAGUUCGUACAGAACCACAUACAAGGUUGCCUAUCGCCUGGCCUACAGGAGGUUUUCCCAGCCCAUGUAUAUGUGCUGCCCCGGAUGGAGACGGGCAAAUGCCCACGCAGUCGGAUGCAGCAAAGGGAUCUCUGACCAACUCUGGGCCGGAUUGCGAACCUCUUACAUCCACUGGGAGCAGCUAUUUGCACACGUCGUCUCGUUGCUGGCCCAUGGGAUCGGGGCGUUCACAGCCUUUGCCCUCUCCAUUUGCAGGGUGCCCUGUCAAAAUGGAGGGAGCUGCUCAGCCCCAGACAGAUGCACCUGUCCCCCAGGCUGGAGGGGGAAAUCCUGCCAGACAGAUGUGGAUGAAUGCGCUGGCCCGCACCACGGCUGCAGCCAGCAUUGUGUCAACACGCGUGGGAGCUAUGGUUGUGCCUGUCGGGCUGGGCACAGGCUCUCCGCCGAUGGGAAAUCAUGCCAUGCUUCGGCACCGCCCACUGAGACAGAGGCCUCUGCCUUCCCCGCCCUCAAUCGAUCAGGCGCCUCCAGUGAAAUGAAGGAAGAAAUGCAAGCCCUCAGGAGCCGGGUGGAAGUGCUGGAGCAGAAACUCCAGUUACUCUUGGCUCCAUUCCAUAACCUCAUGCCAUCAGCAGCGGAUGAUGUCAGCACCGACCCCAUCAGCCAGCUGUUCUACGCCCUGCGGCAGCUGGAUAGAAUUGAGUCCCUGAGUGAGCAGAUCUCUUUCCUGGAGGAGCGACUGGAGACGUGUUCAUGUAAGAACGAACGCUAAUAACAAGAGAAGCAGUACUUCAUUAUGGGAGCAGAGUGAAUUUGUAACCCUGGAUUUCCUGUCUCAGCACCUCUUGACCCAGCCUGGCGAAAGAGGCCACGACGCCUUCAGGACGAUGUGGGAUGGAGGCAUAAAGAGCUUAUUUUGAUACGAAGGGCCCUAGUGUGUUUUUCUAAGAAUUGAGGUGCUUAGAGACUGAUUUUAAAUUGGAUUUAUUUUUUGCCCCUAUGGCAAAGUUGUAUGAGAUGCUCAGGGUUAUAACACUUUCUUCCAAGCGCUUGGCCAGCUGGCACAGCAUCAGCCAGUGCCACACAAGACUUGCUAAAAGCAAAACCAUUUGGUGCUUAAUUUGUUUGUGACGGAGAGUGAGGUGAAAUCCUGGGCCAACAAUUAAUUGUGUGGUACCGCAGCAUGAGAUGAUCUGUGCAAGCCGCAGCUUGUUUAGCUUAGAAGUCUACGUUGUUAAGAGCCUAUAUAGCCAGACCUUGCUAUUGCUAGUACCCAGGGGGAAAGUUUUGCCAAACCACACAUUGCUUCACUGUUAGAGCAGCAGAUAGAGAUACAGGAGGGCUGGAUUCUGCUCCUUGGCUUUUCCACCACCUCCUUUUUACACAUACCUGAAAUUCACACAGAUUCAAAAUGGACCAAGUCAAAUCUGGUCACUAAAACCUUGCCCCUGAGAGAACUAGUAUAUAUUCUCCCUUUGAAAUGCUAGAGGGUGUGGCAAGAGGAGAGGGAUAAUCCCUUUGCUUCUUAAAAAUUGGCAUCAUUUACACACUGAAGCCUGGCACACUUGCUUGCCUAUGUGUCAAGAUAACCAGCCAGUUUUGCUAGCUAAACCAGCCUUGGCUCAGACUGGAACUAGGAGUGGUAGAAUAGUUGUAUUUAAAGUAGGAACAGAUGCACAUUGCCAGGUUGCUGCGGGCAAAGCCUGCCGUGCUCAUGCCUCUUCACAUGGUUAUCUUAAGGCUGCUGGAGGAAGGGUCCUAAUGUUUCUAGAAAACUAAUGAGUCUUCUAUGGUACAAUGCUUUUCUACUUAUAAACAGCUGGAGACUUGAGGUCUAUUAGCCGAGCACUGUGUAGGGUGGUGCAGUUUUUGUAUUAAAGUUAUGGCCUGUACAGCUCUUGAGCAUGGGCUUGUCAUUGGUGGGUCAAGAUGCUGAGCCAUGAAGGAGGCCCAGUGGAAUCCAGUUAUUCUACCCUAGGUCAUGAUUUCACUCAUGGAAGCUUAAGGGCACAGUUACUGCUGAAGCAGAGUCAGGCUGAGGAGGGUAGCAGCUUCCUUUCACUUGGAGCCAAGGUGCAACUUGAUUUAAAUGCACACACCCAGGUAGGAAGCUGCAGGUAGAGAGGUCUGCAUCUCUCCCCAGCUCCUGCCUCUGGAAGGGGGAACAUCAUCAUGGUAACCAUGGGGAAGGGUUGCAGUAGCAUCUCUCUUCUUCACUGCCUGAAGGGGGCAAUGGGAUCCAGCAGGAAGUGGAGGGUACAAACAGCUGCCUCGGGAACAUGUCCAGCCCCUCCACACAUACAUAGGAGCAUGGCUCCUAGAAGGCCUGAAGUUACUGGAACCCUUUAGUGUGGUCACCAGCUCUGCUUGAGCCUAGUGGAGGGCUUGCUGCUGGGAAAUAGGGGAGCAGAAGGGAAGGGCUGGUAAGGAAGCUACUCAAGACCAGCUCAUCUGUCCUUCUGGUGCUUUUAUGGGGAGGAGAGGGUACUUACCUUUGGGUUAAGAGGAAGGGAGCCCAGGCUGUGUUCCCAGAGCCUCAGCCACACUUGGGUGAAAAGGAUUGUAUGCCAGGCAAUACUCAGGCACCCAGUGCUCUGUAGCUAUGUCCAUACAGCAUGUUACUAUAUAGCACAUACAGAGCCCCACUCGUCUGCAGAUACUGGAUUUAUAUCCACAGAUCUCUGCAGUUGUGGAUGGCAGAGUGGAUGCAAAUCCAAAAUUUGGAUCUGUAGGGCUCCACACAUUACCCUGUCUAAACAAGUCCUCCCUGCAAAGCUUGGACAAAAGCACUCCUUAUGCAGGAGUCAUUCAGUCCAGCUCAUUAGCAGCAGGAAGCUCACUUGGCCAACCUCACCCAAGCUGUUCAGUGCUUGGUUGCGAGAACACUAAAGAUUUUCUACAAAAUUGGUAAUGAGGGCAGGAUCUCUGUAGUGAUCCCUACGGCCAUGCAAUCUUUGACAUGUAUUGUGCCCAAACUAACAGCGAUGCAUUUGAGAGUGGAAGUGGCAGAACCUCCUACAGAUUUGGUCCAGACACAGCUCUCUUCACCCACUACCUCACCACACUCACAGGGGGCAAAAGUGUGGGUAGCAACAGAUUCUCAGAUACCAAAGGGGAAACUGACAAUAUUGGGUACACUCCUCCACCUCCAGGAAAAGCUCCUCCAGGCAAUAAGUUCAACCCAACCUGGGUUCGAAUAAACCCCACACAAGACUUUCUAUUUAAAUAACUGCUUUAUAAGAAUGUACAUUGAUCAAACAUACAUUUAAACAACUAAAAGAAUGGAACACGCUCAAGCUCUUUUCCCACCUCCGUCAUAAACAGACAGACUUAGAUUUAUACAUCUGAUACAGAGUCAUCAUUGGCCAAAGAAAAAUAUCCACCCGUUACGACCUUACCAUCCCAACUGCUCACUCCAGACCGGAGCCGCUGGGCAGGAGGGUAUGAAAUCUCCACAAGAACUUGGAUGUUUGCUUCAACUACAUAGCCAUGUCGUCUGCCGUUCUUAUGGAAGGGGAAAAGUGCUGCUUUGAUUUCAGUACAGAACCAGUAAAAGAAGAAAACCCUCCUGCUUUUCAGUUCUGAAAUCUGGAUUGUACCAGAUUGAUGCUCCAAUAUUCAUUUGUAAACACAGCUCUAGCUACAGCUUUGAGCCCUGUGGAGCUACCUACCCCCAGCAUCCUCUAUUUGGUUUCUCCCAGUUCUGCAUUAGUGCUUUUUAAGCAUUAGAUUUGGUGUCCUUUAUAGGAAGAAAAAACAGGAAUUCAGUGAUUGAGACAGCAUCAUCUCUACUGCCACCCACUGAGCAGGAGGCUUGGGGACGAUACAUUGCACAAGAUUACUUUACAAGAGGAGAUGCACUGCCUUUGUGGGAAUGUUGCCUCAAGCUGACAAGGCCUCUCAUCAAAUCCCUGGGAGUUUUCAUGGCUAAGGCCUGCUCCCCCAGAGAGCAUCAUCUCUGCUGUUACUCCCUUUGAGAGGGGCUCUACAUUUCUACUGCUGGGUGAGGAGAGUCUGAAACUCAGUUUCCGGGAAUCCCUCCAGCUACUGUUUCCCAGCUGGUAAAUUCAGACCAAAGGAAACACUGGUUCAGGGCCAUCAUACCCCUCUCCCAUCCAGCAUAUUUUACAUCUCCAACACCAUGGCUUUUGCAACUGACACGAACAGUCCUAGUAAGGCGAAUGUUCCAAGACAUGUUUGUAUGGCAGGCACUGUCUUUUGGUCAAUGCUUCAGACAUGCAAUGUGUCGAACAGCAGAGGAUAGCCCUUAGGAAGAAAGAGCAGCAACAAAGAAUCUAGGUACAAAACCUAGAUUAAAAACAAUUUAAAAAAAAAACCAAAAAAAAAAAAAACA